AUGGGAGACAAAUACUCUAUUAUCUUGCCCACGUAUAACGAAAAAAAAAACUUGCCGAUUCUUGUUUAUCUUUUGGAUAAGACUUUCAAGAAGGAAAAAUUGGACUGGGAAGUUAUCAUUGUGGAUGACAACUCACCCGAUGGAACUCAAGAUAUCGCCAAGAAGUUGAUUGAUGUUUUCGGUCCUGAGCACAUCCAGUUGAGACCAAGAGCUGGCAAGUUGGGUUUGGGUACCGCUUACGUGCAUGGUUUGCAAUUUGUUACAGGUAACUUUGUCAUCAUCAUGGAUGCAGAUUUCUCCCACCACCCAGAAGCUAUUCCACAAUUCAUUGCAAAGCAGAAACAAGGCAACUACGACAUUGUCACAGGAACUCGUUAUGCUGGUGACGGAGGUGUUUACGGCUGGGACUUGAAGAGAAAAUUGGUUUCUCGUGGUGCUAACUUUUUGGCCUCUACUGUGUUGAGACCUCAUGUGUCCGACUUGACUGGCUCUUUCCGUUUGUACAAGAAGGAUGUUUUGGCCAAGGUCAUUAGUGAAACUAAAUCCAAGGGUUACGUUUUCCAAAUGGAAAUGAUGGUCAGAGCGAAAGCUUUGGGUUUUACUGUGGGUGAAUGUCCAAUCAACUUUGUUGACAGAUUGUAUGGUGAAUCUAAAUUGGGCGGUGAUGAAAUUGUGCAAUACUUGAAGGGAGUGUGGUCUUUGUUCAUCAGUGUUUGA